AUGACCCCGGCCUUUGCAUGCACAAGUGGUGUGCAAGUACAGACUUGGGCAAAACAGGUUCUACAGAUUACUCUCGGCAAGGUUUGCGUGCACAAUAGGAUGGACACAACGUAUCAGAGCCAUAAAGAAUUAAACUCAAAAAGCACUGCCAGAGAAGCGGACGAUUUCAAGCUGAUCCCCGUUUUAUCAUUAAUGGGAUGA